UAACCCGAUAUUUAUUGUUCUUUACACUCGGCUUGUCGGACCGGUCCGGCAGGUUUUGUGUGGGGCAGAGCAGGUGAGGCACCCGGGAAAGAAGGGCGGGGAGCAGCCGCUGGAGCUCUCUACAAGCAGGAAGGAGAGGGAAAAAUGGUGCGGUGACAAAACGCCUCGGAUACCGACUGAGAACAGGAUACAACUUCAUAUACUGCCAGGGACACGGGAGACAUCUGAGGUGCAAAGAUGAGUCGGCGGUGGCCAGAGUCCCAGGUCCCACCUGACGAUGAGGUCAUGCCGUACAGUGACGAUGAGACGGAUGACGAGUUGGAAGUCAGCUCCGAAGAGGAACCGGAAGAUGCUCCUCCAGGAGUCCCUCCACCCCAAGUGGAAGCUAAACCUAGCGAGAUGGGAUGGAAGGUGAAAGCCAACGACCGACCUUAUCACCACUUGCCGGAGUUUGAGAAAAAAGUCUUCUUGUGUAUCAAGAAGAGCAGAUACUCUGGAAAUGCCAUCAAGACGUACAAAUACAACGUCCUCACCUUCCUCCCUCUGAACCUGUACGAGCAGUUCAAGAGAGUUGCCAACCUCUACUUCCUGGCGCUGCUCAUCUUACAGAUUAUUCCAGAUAUCACGACUCUGCCCUGGUACACCACACUGAUUCCUCUGGUGGUGGUGCUGUCAAUCACCGCCAUCAAAGACCUGGUGGACGAUCUGGCGCGCCACAGGAUGGACAAGGAGAUCAACAACAGGAAGUCUGAAGUCCUGCUGGACGGCCGGUUUCAAGAGGUAAAGUGGAGUAACAUGCAGGUUGGAGAUGUGGUUCGCAUGAAGAAGAACGACUUUAUUCCGGCGGACAUCUUGCUGUUAUCCAGCUCCAACCCAAACAGUCUGUGCUAUGUAGAAACUGCUGAGCUCGACGGAGAGACCAACCUGAAGUUUAAGCUGGGACGUCGAGAGACAGACGAGCGGCUGCAGAGCGAGCGGCAGCUGGCCGACUUCAAUGCUCUGAUCGAGUGCGAGGAACCGAACAACCGCCUGGAUAAGUUCAUCGGGACGAUGACGUGGGAGAGGGAGCGGUUACCUCUGGACCUCGACAACAUGCUGCUCCGAGGCUGCACCAUCCGAAACACAGAGGAGUGUCACGGCCUCGUCAUCUUCGCAGGAGCCGACACCAAAAUCAUGAGGAACAGCGGGAAGACUAGAUUCAAAAGGACCAAGAUUGACGAGCUGAUGAACUACAUGGUUUACUCGAUCUUCGCGCUGCUGAUCCUGGUGGCGGCGGGGCUGGCCAUCGGUCACGCCUUCUGGUACGCUGAGAUCGGCUCCAAGGCCUGGUAUCUGUUCGACGGUAAAAACCAGGACGCCAACCACCGAGGCUUCCUCAGCUUCUGGGGCUACAUCAUCGUCCUCAACACCAUGGUGCCCAUCUCACUAUACGUCAGUGUGGAGGUGAUUCGCCUCGGCCAGAGUAAGUUCAUCAACUGGGACCUGCAGAUGUACUACGCGGAGAAAGACACGCCUGCUAAGGCUCGAACCACCACCCUGAACGAGCAGCUGGGUCAGAUCAGCUACAUCUUCUCCGACAAAACAGGAACUCUCACACAGAACAUCAUGGCGUUCAAGAAGUGCACCAUCGCCGGACGCAGCUACGGUGACCCGACCACAGCUGAGGGAGUGGUGCUGGACCGUGGAAGACCGGUGGACUGGAGCUGGAACCGGGAGGCGGACAGAAAGUUUGAGUUCAUGGAUAACUCCCUGGUGGCCUGUGUCCGAUCCGGGAAAGAUAAAGAUGCGUCUGAGUUCUUCAAACUUCUCUCCCUUUGCCACACCGUCAUGGUGGAGCACAAAGAAGGCGAACUGGUGUACCAGGCGGCGUCUCCUGAUGAGGGCGCCCUGGUGACGGCAGCCAGGAACUUCGGCUUCGUGUUUCUGUCCCGUACGCAGGACACCAUCACCAUCAGGGAGAUGGAUCAGGAGACCACCUACGAGAUGUUGGCGCUGCUCGACUUCAACUCCGACCGCAAGCGCAUGUCUAUCAUCUUGAAGUUUCCUGAUGGUCGUAUCCGCCUCUACUGCAAAGGAGCUGACACCGUAAUCUACGAGCGACUUUCCCCUCAGUCCAAACACAAAGAAACGACCCAGUCUGAUCUGGAUAUCUUUGCCAACGCCACCCUGCGGACGCUGUGCUUGUCUUACAAAGACAUCAGCACGGCAGAUUACGAAGCCUGGUCCAGGAGACACAAAGAGGCGCAGGUCUCCAUGUCGGACAGAGACGCCGCCCUGGACAUCGUGUACGAGCAGAUCGAGAGCAACCUGAUGCUAAUUGGUGCGACAGCUAUCGAGGACAAACUGCAGGAUGGAGUCCCAGAGACCAUCGCCAAACUGGCCAAAGCCGACAUCAAGAUCUGGGUCCUGACUGGAGAUAAGAAAGAAACGGCAGAGAAUAUUGGAUAUUCUUGUUCCCUUCUGACAGACAACAUGCAGAUCCACUACGGAGAAGACGUCAAUGAGAAGCUGAGUAUCCGUCAGGACAACAGGAGGAACGAGCUUCCAACUUCCCGUCGAGGGAAAAAGAAACCAGCCGAACCGUUCUUCACCCAGCCGGGGAAAAACGCUCUCGUCAUCACCGGAGGAUGGCUGAACGAAAUUCUGUACGAAAAGAAGAAGAAACGCCGUCGCCUGCGUCUGCGGCGUCUGGGAAGGAAACCGCCUCCCACCAACCCUACUGACGGAGAGCCAAUGGACGACUUGGAAAAAGAAAUGAGACAGAUCGACUUUGUGGACAUGGCCUGUGAGUGCGAGGCGGUCAUCUGCUGCCGCGUCACUCCCAAGCAGAAGGGUAACGUGGUGAGUUUGGUGAAGAAGUACAAGAAAGCCGUGACGCUGUCCAUCGGAGACGGAGCCAACGACGUCAACAUGAUCAAGACUGCAGACAUCGGUGUGGGUAUCAGCGGUCAGGAGGGGAUGCAGGCCGUCAUGUCCAGCGACUACGCCUUCGCUCAGUUCCGUUAUCUGGAGCGCCUCCUGCUGGUGCACGGGCGCUGGUCCUACAUCCGAAUGUGCAAGUUCCUGCGUUACUUCUUCUUCAAGAACUUCGCCUUCACACUGGUUCACUUCUGGUACUCCUUCUUCAACGGAUACUCUGCAAUGGUCACUUAUGAAGACUGGUUCAUCACUCUCUACAAUCUCUGUUACAGCAGCUUACCUGUUCUACUAGUUGGACUUCUUGACCAGGACGUUAACGACAAAAUUAGCCUGAAAUUCCCACAACUCUAUUUACCCGGACAGCUGGGGACGUUGUUCAACUACAAGAACUUCUUCAUCAGCUUGUUCCACGGUAUCUUUGUCUCGCUCAUCAUCUUCUUCAUCCCCUACGGAGCCUUCCUUCAUACCAUGGGGCAGGACGGAGAAGCCCCCUCCGACUACCAGUCCUUCGCCGUCGUCACCGCCUCCUCGCUCAUUUUUGUCGUCAACCUGCAGAUCUCCUUGGAGACUUCCUAUUGGACCUUUGUUAACUGCUUUGCCGUUUUGGGCAGUAUAGCUAUUUACUUUGGCAUCAUGUUCGACAUCCACAGUGCUGGGAUCCACGUCAUCUUCCCCGCACCGUUCACCUUCACUGGUGCGGCGUCAAAUGCUCUGCGGCAGCCCUACCUGUGGUUAACCAUCAUCCUGACUGUGGGCAUCAGCCUGCUGCCUGUGAUCUGCAUCCAGUUCCUCCAUAAAACCAUCUGGCCCUCGAUAGGAGAUAAGAUCCAGAGAAACAGGAAGAAGUACGAGAUGGAGCUCCAACAGGAUGAGAGGAAAAAGCCGUCUGCCUUCCAGCGUGGCCGCGGUUCCCGCCGCUCGGCCUACGCCUUCUCUCACUCCCGGGGCUACGCCGACCUCAUCUCGUCCGGGCGGAGCAUCCGACGCCCUGCGACCCGCCGCAACCCCCAGGAGAGCAUCAGGGAGGUUCCUCAGAGAGAGGCGGAGAACAUCUGAGCCGACAGACGUCAAAGUUAUAGCCAGGUGGAUUGUAAAUAUUUAAGAAAGUUAGUGGAUCGCUUGGUUUGUCUUCCGUUUUUAUCUGUUGAGUCGCUGCUGAUAUGGUCAACUUCUGCACAGAAAUCUGUUGGAGUUUAAAGGGCCAUUUUCUUUCUUCUGGGUUAUUUAAGUCUCUUAGAGGGAGAAAAGAAAAGUCCUCAAUCAAGUUAAAUGAAGCUUUACUGAAUGUGUCUUUGCUCCAGUGUGUGACUCCACUGCCUCUCGUUCUUCCUGUGCACAGACUCUCUUUGUUGAAAGACAAAUGAAGGUCACCAAAGAGACUGCAGCCGUUUAACUUUAUCUAGCGUGACUGACAAUGUUGUUUAACUCAGGAUUUUAAAAUGAAUAGCCUUAUUUUUAGUCAGUUUGUCUGCUCACCAAUACUCUGACUGGAUGUGGAGCCGUAGCUUUAUCUAAUGAUACUUUUUUGAUAUUAACAUUUUUAGCCUGAUCCCUGCGCACUUGAUAUGUAAGGGUUUUAUUCAAAUUUGAAAUGUAUGUUCCAGUCAAUUUGUCCGUUAGCUUCAUGAAAUUACACCGUCUAUAAGUUUGGUUUUAUUAUCAUCCGUUGGGAUGCACAUCCAAAGAUUGUCCUUCAUAAAGAAAGGACUACAGCUAAACAUGUCAAGGUAUCCGUUUUUUAAUGUUUUAUUAUAAAUAAUGAUGGGAUAUAAAUGUGAAAGACUAUGCAGGGUGGUUGGAUGUGAUAAAGUGUGUCUUAAUUUAAAAAACUAAAUUGUAAAUAGUGAUCUGUUCUCCUGCUGCAUCAAAUAUCCCUUAUAUACAUAUAUUUUCGUCACUAAAUUUAGGAAAAUUCAACUUUGUUUCAGUCUUAAAACCGUAUAAACGCCUCUUCCAGACCGGAAUCCUGUUCAUCUUUUUCUAUACCUCAACUUUACCUCAACAUGCUCUGUAGGGAAACUGCAUGGGGCUGCAACGUGUCUUCCUUUAAACGGCAGUCUUUGCAGAAUAACUUCAAGAUUUAGCUAUCUUCUUUUUAACAUGUCUCAGUUUGUUCAUUUAUUUGUUCUCUACUACGUUGAACUCAAGUCACACAUUUAUAAGGUGGUCAAAAGAUGAGGAUUUCGGUGUCUCACUGGUUGUUUACAACAAACCCGAAGAAGAUUUUAGUUUUUUGCAGUCCCAUAAACAAUUUUAGUAUAUUUGCUUAACCGUGCUAAGCCAAAACUGCUACAUUCCUUCUCUGACUGUUACCGUUUCCCUUCAUGCGAGUGUUACUGUGUGCCGAAAUAUGUAGGAGGUCUUUUUAUUUCUGAAUGAAUGGAGGCUGGUGACUGAACCAGCAACAGUUUGGUCUUUCAUAUGAUGGUAUUUUAUCAUGUGGUUGUAAAUAAAAGCCAAGGGCACAUUUAACAAUCUGA